CUUGACCUGCUGUUAGCCGCCUGUCUGCCUGGCCGCCUGCAGACAGUAGCAGCAUGGCGUACAGUGCGAAGAUCGGUCCGUCCAUCCUGAGCAGCGACCUGUCCCGUCUGGGCAGCGAGUGUGUGCGGAUGAUGGAGUGCGGGGCAGAUUACCUGCACCUCGACGUCAUGGACGGGCAUUUCGUCCCCAAUAUCACAUUUGGCCAUCCCAUGGUGGAGUGCCUCAGGAAGUCAGUGGGCCAAGACCCCUUCUUUGACAUGCACAUGAUGGUGUCCCGGCCGGAGCAGUGGGUGAAGCCCAUGGCUGCAGCAGGAGCCAACCAGUACACGUUCCACCUCGAGGCCUCCACCAACCCCGGGAACCUCAUCAAGGAGAUCAGGGAGAGCGGCAUGAAGGUGGGUUUGGCCAUAAAACCCGGCACAACGGUCGAAGAGCUGGCGCCCUGGGCCAACCACAUCGACAUGGCUCUGGUCAUGACUGUUGAACCUGGCUUUGGAGGACAGAAGUUCAUGGAGGACAUGAUGCCCAAGGUGAGCUGGCUGCGGAGUCAGUUCCCCUCGCUCGACAUUGAAGUAGACGGAGGGGUCGGCCCUGACUCCAUUCACAAGUGUGCAGAGGCUGGAGCCAACAUGAUAGUGUCGGGCAGCGCCGUGGUCGGCAGCGAAGACCCUCGUUCCGUCAUCGCCCUUCUGCGCACCGUGGUGGCCGAAGCCAUCCAGAAACGCUCGCUGGACCGCUGAGGUGUCCUCUGUGGGGAGAUCCCCCCCAUGCGGACGCUCUGGCUGCCUGUCCAAGCCACAUACCACAGCAGCCAGUGGAACAGACUCAAUACGGACAUUUCUGAGGGUAAAUGUGGGGGGUCCCGGUCAGAGCAGGGGGGCAUAUGUGCAGGCGUGAGCUGAUGGGGCCAAAAUCAAAUCACUUUGGUUCACGUGACGCUGCGUCGUGCCUCUACAAAACUAUCACUCUCUGAACGGUCUAGUGAAAGGAUGCCUCAUCAUUUCGAUACGGGAGCUGAGGUUUGCGCUGAUUUCACAUCUGUAAAAAACAUUCCUGAAAUCUUGUUCUGAUUGACACUGUACGUUUUAAGCAUAGAUUAUGACUUUCAUCUGAAAUCACGUUUCAUACAUCAUGAAAAACUGUUGUGCUCUUUCGCUGUUUUGUUGAAACGGACCAUUCACAAAGAUCUUGCUGUGCUAUUGAACAAAGAUGUUGUACCCUAUUAAAAAAAUCUUUUGAGAUUUGGUUUUGCAGAUUAAAAAGACUCAAGUGA